AUGUCUGCAGAAGUUGCCCCAGUAUUGCGCUGCGCCCUGUGCAACAAGCCGUUUGACAAGGCGUCAACGCUGAAGCGACAUGGCUACUACUGCCGAUCUCGAACAGGUGGCAGCACGCCAAGGUCGCGGUCAUGUAUCUCCUGUGUUAGGAUGAAGAUAAAAUGCGACAAUAGGAAGCCCUCCUGUUCGAAAUGCACCCUGAAAGGUACCGAGUGCCGCUAUCCUGCCAAAACUGGGCCUAGACCGACUGUCUCUCGGACAAGCAUUCAUGGGCAGCAGACGGACCCCGUGGCUGAUCUCCUUGGCCUGGGAAACAUGGCCACUGCUGCCGAUGCCGAUGCUGGCUAUGAACCAGUCUUCCCUUCGAGCAACGAGGCUCAGGGUUUUGAUGUCAAUAACUAUCCAUGGGAUUACAUUGACUGGACCUCGGCGGCACUAGCUUCGCAACCGUGGGACAGCCCUCAGCUUGGCCUACAGUCAUUCUCGCCCGCGACUAUAGAAGGCAAUGCGGUCUGGCACAACAGCAGCACUUUUACUUCGCAAAAAAAGACAACAAACAGUUCCGCUUUGCAUAUGCUUCGAUCGCCAGGCUUCACUAUGCCUUCAAUUUCGUACCGAGAACAUACAGACGCCGGGGCCCAACGUGUCUCACUGUUGAUGUUGCAAACGCUCAAAUCAUAUCCACAGAUGAUGAUGCGGCAAAAGACCCCACCACCAUUUAUACAUCCGUCGCUGCUUCUUGGCGAUACAAAUGACGAUCUGGAAGCAUGGCAUAACUGCAUGAGCUUGGUGCAUAUGGCCAACAGUAAAAUCCAAGGGAGCCGUAAGCUAUUCUGGAGAAACGUUCGAGCCGAGUGCGAACGGUUCUGCGAACAACAUCUCCAGUUGAACCAGUGGGAGCUUCUUGCCGCAAUGCAAGCGCUGGCGGCCUAUGUCAUCUUUAGGCUGGACGAGGCAAUCAAGAAUUAUAGCGACAUCGACACAGUUCUGCUGAAGGCUGUCACUUUGAUCUCGAUACAGCUCAUGGCUGUAGAUACCACUGCAGACGCAUCGUCGUCUCUCGACAGCCUCUGGAAAACCUGGAUUGUGGAAGAGUCCCGCCGAAGGCUAUGCGCUGUUUUUCAAAUCAUUGGCAUGCUGGUAUAUUUUGAGCCCGCCAAAUUGUGUGAAGCAAACGGCGACGUGGUUCUCGCGCCGCUGCCAGCCCAGAAGCAGCUAUGGGAAGCGACCGACGUGCAUACGUGGAAGCUGCAGGGCGAAAGUGAGCACGAUAUGCAAAUCGAUUUUGGGCUGACCAAGAAUGGCGAUUUGGUCGAGCUACAAGAGUAUAAAAUGGGGUUGAGCGACCGAGCGACGAUUCAGGGCCCAUACACUCCUAUCUGGGCAUCCAAAUCCUUCUCUGCAAGGCAGUUGACGGCCCAAGACGCUAUCCUGCCUCAUGGAACAGCCCAAGUCCAAAUUCUAGGCUAUAAGACACACCACGGCAUUGAAGACAUCUUGGGCAAUCCAUGGGUUGGCAUCGAGCGGGCUGUCGAAGGCACAUGGCCCGACAUCCCCGACGGGAAAUCACGGUCGCGAUUCACGCGCCAGGACUGGGAUGCACUAUGGGGGAACGAAUACGACAUUGUGACAGACCUGGCCUGCCCCUUCACCGACCAGUUGAUCACGGCGUACCCUCAGGCCAAGAUCGUCAUUGUACAGAGAGACUUCGACAGCUGGUGGAAGAGCUACCAGGCCGCCGUGCUGGAUAACAUCUUCCCACGCCGACAGUGGCUCGCUGUGUGGCUCAUCCGCAACGUGCUGCGGUCGCGGGCUGCCGACGCCAUGAUUAAGAUCAACUACGGCCUAUUUGGCGCAAGGAACCUGGCCGACAUCAAAGCAAACGCGCGCAAGACAUAUGAUGGGUAUUACCGGAACAUCCGGGAGAAAAUUCCGGCUGAGCGACGGCUGGAGUACACAAUGGGCGACGGAUGGGAGCCACUGUGUUCGUUUUUGGGAAAGGAGGUACCUGACGUGCCGUUUCCGCGCCUCAACGACAGCGCAUAUCGCAAUAAGAGUCAGCGCGAUGGAGAAUAUAUGGUUUUUCUCACCUCGGCCAAGAAGCUGGCAUGGCUCGCUGUGGCGGUAGCGACGAUAGGCACUGCCUUGUGGCAUCUGCGGACCUAG